AUGAUAUUCGAAUACUUUGAAAUGCUGCGUGGGUGGUGGCAAAAAUAUCUUUCCACAAGGUCUAUGACCAUCUUCUACUUCCUCUCAUGUUUUCUUAUAGUGGCUUCCGGCGCCGCAGCCGCCGACACCCUGAAUGCCACGCCUGACAAUCGCACUUUGGCUAUCACUUCUAGCCUACUCGCAUACAAUGCAACCAGGACUAUAGCAUUCUCGUCGGCCGUCCAAUUGGCAUCCUCUGUCCAAUGGCAACUAGAGCAGGUUGCGACUACUCCUGCUAUUCCAAUUCCAACGAAUAUCACGGCUAUUCCCGAGUAUCAAGCAGUCAGUAAACUGGCUCCGGGCUUACCUAUAGUACAGGCAGGUGUAGAGUUUCCAUCCGCCGAAAGCAUGAUUUCCGAUCUUAUCUCCUGGAGUAAUGUAUCCUCGACUAGAGACUCAAUAGCCGGACGACAAAGCAGCCUUAGGGUGAUGAUCGUUGGAGACUCUAUGUCACAGGGCCAACAGGGUGACUUUACCUGGAGGUAUCGAAUCUGGCAGUGGUUCCAAGAGAACGAUAUUGCUGUUGACUUUGUUGGCCCAUACUGGGGGACCGUACCACCGGCUACUGCCUCUGUACCGCAGCCUCCACCACUCUACGGCACUACCACGACAUCACCUAUGGCUGGAACAGUUGGAAGAUAUGCUCAGGACGUUGACUCUGCGUUUCUCUCGAACUGCAACCACUUUGCCGCGUGGGGUCGUGCGGCGGCUGUAGAUAAGGGCCUCAUCGAAGGCGUGUUACAACAAAAUCCUGCAGAUAUGAUGCUGCUGAUGCUGGGUUUCAAUGACAUGGGUUGGUUUUAUAGCGAUGCUCCAGGCACGAUUGACAGUAUCGAGACUUUGGUCUCUAAUGCUCGGGCUGUGAAUCCGAAUCUUAAGUUCGCCAUUGCGAAUGUACCACAACGCAGCUUUAUCGGCGGAAGGCAAGACCUGGUCGAUAACACCGUCACAUAUAACGGCUUGUUACCAGGUGCAAUCUCUAAGUUAACGACUGAACAAUCUCCGAUCUAUCUUGUUGAGCUUGAGAAGAAUUACGACUGUCAGCCUGGCGAUUGUCCAGCAGGCUACGAUGGCCUACACCCUAAUGCCUGGGGCGAGUACCAGAUAGCCAGCGCCUUUUCGCAAACCCUGGUCAAUAACUUUGUUUACGGCGCGUACAGCUACGACAUUCAGGUGUCCAUUAACGGCGGUGCAAAUACCUUUUCACCAACGACAUCGUCAUUCAAUAGAUGGGAUUGUCAAUGGUUACAAGCUGGAUGGAAGUAUGCUGUCUCCGUUCGAGCGAGAGCUGGUGACACUAGGGUAGGGGACUAUACUGCAACCGAGUCAGCAGUGGCGCAACCUCAACUGGCACCACCGCCAUCCAAUGUCGUUGUUACCCCCACAGCCACGGGGUUUACAGUAACAUGGGACCCGCCCACUGGGCCUUAUACGGACAGUAUCGUUGAAUACAACGUGAUCUAUUGGGACCGGAAUCCCUCUGACUGCCAAUAUCUUGCCGGCGCUGCAUUUAAGUCUUCGCCGGCGGUUAUUGACGGACUGACUCCAGGGACUAAUUACUUAAUCGCUGUUGUGACUUGGAACGAAAAUGGACAGGGUUGGCCUUUUAUUGCUCAGAAUGCUGUUCCUGGAGCAGGUAUUCCUCCCGUACCAGGUGCUCCGUCGGUCAAUUCCAAUGACCCAACCACCGUGCACAUUACCUGGUCAGGCUCUAGCUCGACGGGAGGAUAUCAAGUCUGGUCAAAGAAUAUUAACCAUACCGGCAGUGAGUGGACUAUCAUGGCUAAUGUAACAGAGUCUACCUGCGUUGACGACUACUUUCUCAUCCCUGGAGUAUGGAAUUACGCAUUUGCCCUCUCCGCUUUCAACGGCAAUGAAGAGUCGGAGAUGGGUCCAUCAAGCAUUGCGCCUUCUCCCACCAGCACUGUUACUGAGGGGAGCCCAGGGCCAACAUGCCCUGCGGCACCAUCGUGGUGUCCGGGAGGAGCGACCUUCACUAUACCUCCGGAGGGAGGGGGCGGAGGUUCUGGGUUUACUACCGUCAUUGGUGGGACAACGACUAUAACCGGUGGCGAGACAACGGUCAUAGGUGGUAUAACUGAGACUCUGAUCGUGACCACAGGAACAAAUUCAGCAGGCUCCGUCUUCACUGGCACUAUUACCGAAGGAGCGACUUCGACAUCUUCCGCAACCGCUCGUUUCACAACCUACACGACGUUUCCAACCAGCAUCUCUUGGUCUACCACAUCUGUUGCGUCGAAUACACAUGACUCUUCGGGCCACCCUGUUCUUGGCCCUUGGCCCGGAUGCUGGUUUUGUCCUCCUGGGUCCAAUGGGAUCGUUCUUUUCGGAUGGCCUGGGCCGGGAGUAUACCCUGGUGGAGGGCGAGUUAGCCUUCCCUUUAUGAUUCCAGCAGAUCGCUUAUUCUAUUACAGACCUCCUGCGGGACUUCCAACUCCUUUCCCACCAAUUACCAUAGAACCGGAUGACGAUCCGACUUAUGAAUCGACCGCAACGUCUGAAUCAUGUAGCACCGAGACUGCAACUCGAAUUACAUACUAUGUAUCGUACGGUACUGACUACUCCGGAUCCACGGUUGCCACCGAGACAUACUCGACCUACUCGUCCCAAGUCACAGGUUGUACGGUCUCUGGGACCGUCGCCACGUCUACUACCGCUGCAGGAUACGCUUUCUAUUGCACGGCUGGCAAUUGUGCAAGUUGCAAUGCUCGCCGCGAUGUCCCAAUAACCACGGCAGCGGCAGCACUUCCCACUGCAACAGCAGGGAAGGGCGAGACAAAGAACUUGUUCCAUUACGGCCAAAAUUUGACGUUCUAUGAGCGUGACAUCCCUAGUUCACUAUACGUAGAUGGUAUUUCUGAGCUAUACUCUGAGGUAAGGGGUGCGGCAAACACGAUUCAAGCGCCACAUGACCAAACCACGUUGCGCGGCAUUUCGAGCUCACGAUUCUCCUACUUCGAUGCAUCCGAGUUUAAUCUCAUGGUUCAAGGCCUAAGAGGCUGUACCUCCAUUGUGGUGGUUUCACGAUUGGGGGCAUACGUUACCCACUUUUGGGAAGGUCCAACCUUCAACAAUGAUGGACCAAGCGCGACAUUCACUGCGGAUGUUAUUGACUACUUACGGAUAGGUCGGUCUGGCGGUGAAGACAACACCGAGCCUCUCGGGGCGCUCGUACAGGGUGGUAUCUUCGGUGACACCGCGACCACGAAUAUCUUUAUUAUAACGCCGGCAAUUAUAGACCUCGAUUUAAAUGUAGGCACUAUCGGUAUAGCCGGUACUCUUACGAACGGUAACAACCCUCCGCUCUUCGGCACUUCGCCGCCUAGAAACGUGGAUUGA